UGGGUAGAAAAUGGGCGGGACUUAAGCCUGGCAGAGGGAAACCAACCAUCGACGAUGAGGUGGUUGGAUUUUUCGCGGCCUGGAGACGAGUUUCAUGUCAAGGAAAAGAAAACGGUGAACGCUCUGCACUAGAGCUUGUUUUGUCAGGAAGAAGACAAACAAGAGGCCAGGAAGGAAGAAGGAUACAACUAUACAUUGAGCAUGGCCUACUCCAUCUACAGCAACCUGAGCAGGGCUCAGCUUACCUUUGAGUACCUGCACACAAAUUCGACAACCCACGAGUUCUUAUUUGGAGCCUUGGCAGAGCUUGUGGACAACUCAAGAGAUGCCAGCGCGACACGAAUAGACAUCUACACAGAAAAAAGACCAGAGCUGCGGGGCGGCUACAUGCUCUGUUUUCUGGAUGAUGGUAUCGGGAUGGACCCUAAUGAGGCAACCCAUGUGAUUCAGUUUGGAAAGUCAAACAAACGGUCCCCCGAGUCCACUCAGAUUGGACAGUAUGGAAACGGACUGAAAUCGGGCUCUAUGCGUAUUGGGAAAGACUUCAUCUUGUUCACAAAAAAGGGCGACACACUGACUUGUCUUUUCCUGUCGAGGACUUUCCAUGAAGAAGAAGGACUUGAUGAGGUGAUAGUGCCUCUGCCCUCCUGGGAUUUAAAGACCAAGGAGCCUCUGACUUCUGAUCCAGAAAAAUAUGCCAUAGAGACAGAGUUGAUCUUCAAAUACUCUCCUUUUAAGAGUGAACAACAGCUGAUGGAGCAGUUCAACAAAAUAGAAAGUAGCAAUGGCACUCUUGUGAUCAUCUAUAAUCUGAAGCUGAUGGACAACAGAGAACCUGAGCUGGAUGUGGAGACGGAUCACCAGGACAUACUGAUGGCUGGGACGCCUGCUGAAGGAGUGAAGCCAGAGAAGAGGUCCUUCAGGGCUUAUGCUGCGGUUUUGUACAUCGACCCACGCAUGAGGAUUUUUAUCCAGGGUCAUAAAGUCAGAACAAAGAGACUUUCCUGUUGUCUUUAUAAACCAAGGGUUUAUAAAUACUCGUCGACUCGUUUCAAAACUCGGGCUGAGCAAGAAGUUAAAAAAGCCGAUCACCUUGCAAAGAUUGCGGAGGAGAAGGCCAGAGAGGCGGACAGUAAGCGCGUGGCUUUGGAAGCCAGAUUAGGAGAGGACCUGUCCAAAGACUCACGGGCAAUUUUGAGAAAGGUUCAGGAUUCAGCCAUGAUGCUACGAAGGGACGCUGACAUGAAAAAAAGGAUUCUCGAGGCUAAACAGAAAGCAUUAAAGGAGCCUAAGGAGUUGAACUUUAUAUUUGGAGUCAACAUUGAACAGAGGGACCUUGAUGGGAUGUUUGUAUACAAUUGCUCUCGUCUCAUUAAGAUGUAUGAGAAGACGGGGCCUCAGUUGGAGGGAGGCAUGGCAUGUGGUGGUGUGGUUGGGGUAGUGGAUGUCCCAUAUUUAGUUCUGGAGCCUACCCACAACAAACAAGACUUUGCAGAUGCAAAAGAGUAUCGGCAUUUACUAAAAUCCAUGGGGGAACAUUUAGCUCAGUACUGGAAGGACACCAACAUUGCACAGAAAGGCAUAGUGAAGUUCUGGGAUGAGUUUGGAUACCUGUCUGCCAGCUGGUCUGCACCUCCAUCUACAGAGCUGAGAUACAAGCGACGUCGUGCCAUGGAGAUACCACUUACUAUUCAGUGUGAUAAAUGUUUAAAGUGGAGAACGCUGCCUUUCCAGAUGGACGCUGUGGAUAAACGUUACCCAGACAGUUGGGUGUGUCCUUCCUUUUUUCCUUAUCGCACUGAAAUGUUUGUGUCUCCUUUUCACACAUUGCUAAUUCAGGCAACUAGGUCUUCUGAAAGGACCUUAACACGCCCACGCUCCCCACCACUCCCAGUUCACCUCAAAAAUGCCCAGAGCACCCCUUCAUCACGUACAGCAUCUCAGCGGCCCAGCCGAACACCCGCCCCUCCGCCACCUAAAGUUGAAACACCAAGGUCAAGAGCCGUGGCAAAGCCUGCUCCACCUUCUUCAAAGACUGCACCCAAAGCUACUGCCAAAACACCACCACCCAGCCGAAGCUCACGGGCAUCUACCAAAGCAUCAUCUGUUAAACCAGCAGCUGCUGGACAGCGCAAGAGAGUAAUAGAACAGGAAGACAGUGAGGAAGAGGAGGAAGAAGAGGAGGAGGAGGAGGAAGAGGAGGAGGAGGAAGAAGAAGAAGACAGCGGGGAGGAGAGUGAGGAACCUCAAACAAAGAAAUCCAAGAUGGCUGCAGCUGCUGGGAACCGUGGGAAAGUGGCAGAGAAGGCCCCGCCUCCAAAACGUGGAAAAAUAGACGAGAUCCCCUCUGUUAACCUGCAAGGUUGUUCUCAUCCUCAGCCUGUGAAGAAAGGGGUUUUUACUCCCACGCGGCAGACACCAGCCACACCAACCCCCGCCUCUAAACCCAUUACUGUGCAACAGCAUGGGCCUAAAGAAAAGGCACCUGAGAAAGCUCCGCAACAGGAACCAGAGCUCGACACUAAAAAUGCCCAAAAAGAUAAAGGUCUGCUGGUUGAAGUACGUGUCAAUAAGGAGUGGUACACUGGCAAGGUCAUUGCUGUUGAGGCGAACAAACAAAGCAUUCGCUGGAAAGUUAAAUUCGACUACGUUCCUCGUGCCACGCCUAAGGACCGAUGGGUUUUUAAGGGUAGUGAUGAAGUCCGGUUGAUGCGGCCGCCGUCUCCAAUCUCGCAGACCCCUGACACCCAGCAGGAGGCGGAGAAGGGGCCGGCGCCCAUGGAGCCAGACACCACUCAGCCGGGAACCAGCCGAGAGGUGACCGACAGCCUGGUCACCAUGUUGAGGACGAUGCUGCGUUACUUCUUCCCUCCUGCUUUUCGGAUCCCCAAGGACGAUGUCAACAGCAUGACAGCCGAGGAACUGGUUGCAUUUCCUCUGAAAGAGUAUUUCCAACAGUAUGAGUCAGGUCUCCAGUCGUUGUGCAAUUCGUACCAGAGCAGAGCUGAUGCUCGGGCCAAAGCUGUGGAGGAGAAGAGCAACAGCACCGAAGUCAAACUGAGGGAGGCAGACGAAAAACUACAGAAACUACGAACAAACAUUGUAGCACUCCUACAGAAAGUACAAGAGGACAUUGACAUAAACACAGAUGAUGAACUCGAUGCCUACAUAGAAGACCUGCUCACCAAGGGCGACUAAAGAAGAAAAUUAUAAACAUGAAGAGGACACGGAAAUUAACAGACUGACAGUUUUCAAUCCAGCCAUUACUUGCUGGGACCCAUGCUUAUGUUGGCUGUGAAUAUUGGGACAUUUUCAUUAUUGAUCCCUCCAAAUCUUAAUUUUUUUUUUUUUUUUUUUUUUAAACAAAACAUUGUUGGUUAGCCCCCUGACCUGUGGUUUUCUUUUUAGUCCUUUUUAUAUAUUCACGGUUAUAUAUGUUAAUCUAUGUUUAAGACGUCCUGUCUUUAUCGCUUUGGAAUAAUUUCUGUAGGUUUAAUACAACGUAUGCUCCUUUUUAUAUAGGUAACUAAUGCUGUGACAUUCGUUGCUCCUCUUGGUGCGGGUGGGGGAUUCCACACACUAAGUGACUCAAGACUUCGGUUGAAAUCGUCUGUUCUCUGUGUUGGAGCCAUUAAUUAAACGGCGAGUUUUAUUUUGUACACUAAAAGCACAUCAGUGUUGCCCGUCAUCUUCCUACGUCCUGCUCUGCAGACGAGGUUUGUCUCUCACGGUCAGGUGAUGUGCCACACCCAAAAACAAUAACCAAUUACUGGGUCUUAUCAGAACGGAUAUUCCUUUAAAGCCCCUGCAUGUAAGCUAUGUUCAUUUUUUGGAAGUGAAAAAAAAAGAAAACCUUUGUUAAAUUCAAAACUGUGUUCAUAAUCAUAUCCUUAUUUCUGAACAAAGUUUUAACAUGUCAUGAAAAUGUUUUAUUAAACGGUGCAUGCUUUCA